AUGAUUGAGGAUGAUGAUGAUGAUGACGAUAACGAUAAAGAUGAUGAUGAAGAUGACGAUGAUGACGAUGAUGAUGAUUAUGAUUAUGUUGAUGCAGAUGCAGAUGCAGGUGAUGAUGAUGAUGAUGAUGAUGAUGAGGCUGAUGAUGAUGAUGAUGAUGAUGAUGAUGAUGCAAACGAGGAUGAUGAUGUUGAUGUUGAUGGUGGCUAUGAAUGUGCUGAUGAUUACGAGGCUGAUGAUCAAAAUGAUACUGCCGAUAAUGAUGAUGAUGAAUAUAAUGCGAAUGACGAUUACUAUAAUGAUGUUGACGACAAUAAUGAUGGUGAUGAUUAUGAUGAGGUUGAUGAUGAGAAGAAGGAUGAAGUUGGUGAUGAGGGCGAGGAUGAUCAUCAAGAUAAUGAUGCCGAUAAUGCUGAAGAGGAUGAUGUUGAAUAUCGUCACCAAGAUUAUGCACCCGGUGAUGAUGAAUAUGUUGAGGAUGAUUGUGGAGAUGAUUAA